CAACGUAUUAAUCUUUACGACGUAUUUUUAUCAAAUCAUUACAAAUUCCGAGAAUCAUUAUUUACGUUUUUAUAGUGAAUUUUCGUUGUGUUUGCCCCAUCCCUAUACCAAAUGUCAUUGACACCGCACAUCAGUCGGUUCCGAUUGCACGGAGCCUGUUGUCGCACAAUAAAAAGCUUGAGAGUGCCGCGCAAGCGGUAAUUUCAGGUCAACCUUUCAAACAUUUGGUCGCCACAUGUGUUAAAUGCAAUAUUAUCACAAAAACGCGACAAAAAACCCUUAAAACUGCCGAUGUCCGAUAAAAAUCGUCGAUAGAAUCAGCGUCCGUGAAACAUUGUAAAUUAAUUAAAUGAAUAGUACUGUAAACUGUUGUGUAGAGUUUUAAAUACUUCCGUGGUGUGUCGUGUGUGCAUUCGCGAGUGUGUUGCGUGUUCUGAAACAUGGUUAUCGAGAAGAUAUGUUGUUUGGGAGCAGGGUAUGUCGGCGGCCCUACCUGCAGUGUUAUCGCGCUGAAAUGUCCGAAUAUCCAGGUAACUGUAUGUGACAAGUCAGUAGAGCGAAUAAACCAAUGGAAUUCUGAGAAAUUGCCAAUAUACGAGCCUGGUUUGGACGAUGUAGUGAAGCAAUGUCGUGGUAAAAAUCUAUUUUUUUCUACUGACAUCGCUAAGGGCAUUCAGGAGGCUGAUUUAAUAUUUAUUUCUGUCAAUACGCCCACUAAAACGUUUGGUAAUGGUAAGGGCAGGGCUGCUGACCUGAAGUAUGUAGAAAGUGCAGCUCGAAUGAUUGCUGACUUGGCUACAAGUAAUAAAAUAGUUGUAGAGAAGAGCACUGUCCCAGUGAAGGCAGCUGAGAUCAUCAUGAAAAUACUCCGAGCUAACACCAAACCAGGUGUUGAGUAUCAGAUCCUGUCUAACCCUGAGUUCUUAGCUGAAGGAACAGCUAUAGUGGACCUAGUUGAGGCUGAGAGAGUGUUAAUAGGUGGUGAAGAUACUCCGGAAGGUCAGAGAGCUAUCCAAGAACUAUGCUGGGUGUAUGAGCACUGGAUACCAGCAAAAAACAUCCUUACUACCAACACUUGGAGUUCAGAAUUGUCUAAAUUAGCUGCUAAUGCAUUCCUUGCUCAGCGGAUCUCAAGUAUUAAUUCCUUGUCAGCUGUCUGUGAGGCUACAGGCGCAGAUGUGUCUGAAGUAGCCCGGGCAGUCGGCAGAGAUUCUCGUAUUGGACCGAAGUUCCUUGAAGCUUCAAUAGGUUUCGGAGGCAGUUGCUUCCAAAAAGACAUUCUCAAUCUUAUUUACCUGUGUGAGUGUUUAAAUUUGCCCGAAGUUGCUGCGUACUGGCAACAAGUAUUAAACCUGAAUGAUUAUCAGAAGACAAGAUUUACCAGGAAAGUCAUAGAGUCAUUGUUCAACACGGUAUCGGAUAAAAAGAUAGCGAUACUGGGCUUUUCAUUUAAGAAAAACACGGGAGAUACAAGAGAGUCUCCGGCCAUUCAUGUAUCAAAGACUUUACUUGAUGAAGGAGCUAAACUUCACAUUUAUGACCCUAAAGUAGAACAAGAACAAAUAUUCUACGAACUAACAAGUCCGUACUUGACUUCGGAGCCUGAAGUUGUAAAGAAAAAUGUGGAAAUACAUGACACAGCGUACUCUGCAGUGACGGGGGCUCAUGCAAUAGUGUUGUGUACAGAAUGGGAUGAGUUCAAAGCUCUUGACUUUAAGAAAAUCUACGAAGUGAUGAUGAAGCCCGCUUACAUAUUUGACGGACGGAAGAUUUUGAAUCAUGAAGCGUUGCAGAACAUUGGGUUCCAUGUUCAAACUAUUGGGAAGAGGCUGAGCCGAGUUGGCAGCAUACGGGCACAAGGAAGUCAGACUAUGCCCUGAUAUACGGAGUUGGAGAGGAAUCAGGUGCGCGAUCGAGCGCAACCAAGAUGGAGUGCUAAGGAAUUUAUAAUCAAUAAGUUAAAUAAUUUAUUUUUGUAUUAUCGUAAUGAGGAUAAUCUUUGCGAUCUAUGCUUAAUUUUGUUCGCAUUUUUCGUGUACUACAAAUUAGUUUGGACCGCCCCUGUUUUUGAUAAGGGUCAUCGACAAUAAUGAAACAAUGAAUUUAAUUUUUACAAAUAGGCCAUAAAACGGCACUUUUACACUUCAAUUUAUAUGUGAAAAAUUAGAUGAAGCCGGCAUUUCGUAUCUGACUACUCUGAGAAGAAAUGCCGAAACAACUUCAGAGGUCAGUCUCUUUUCAAGCCCAAAAUCCCUUCAAUCCCUUUUCAAUCCAAAACGAAUUUGAAUCCCUCAAAUUCGUUUCUGGACUUUAGUUUCUAAAGCGAAUGGUGUUUCGUAUCGCACGGGAUACUCGUCCUAACAUUAUUCCUGUUUAUUUAAGGAACAUUUUUCAAGAAAUUUUUGGUUAGUUUAAGGUUAUGUACCUGGGCUAAGCUAUCGCUCAAUUUCGCGGUUUUAAAACCCGCACGGAACAACUCUUUGUGUGAUCUUCAAAUUGUUGUUCCGUGAGUCUGGGUGUGAUGUGUUUGUGAUAUUGUAUGUUUGUAAACGGACCUGCGUCACAGAAAAAAACGCUAGUGAUUGGCAAUUUUUUCUUAAGAUGGAAAAACGGACACUUUUUUUCGGCGUGUGCAAUUUUCUGGAUCUAUUCAGUUUUUGUUCAUUUAAAGUACUGCGGUAUUGAGCUUAAUAGAUUGAUAAUUUACAAUUGCGUAGGUAAUAUUUAUUAACUGGCAAAUACUGGUUACAUAAUGUACACAUUUGCCUAUUUAUUGUCUUCAUAAAACAUUGUUUCGAAGAGCCAUGCUUCGGCACGAAUGGGCCGGCUCGACCGGAGUCAUACCACGGCCUCACAGAAGACCGGCGUGAAGGAACACUUACGUUAUAUUUCGCCGUGAGAGCGAGGUUCUGACCAAUCCUUUACCCCCAUCUUUAAACCUCUUAAAUCUCCUAUCCGUAAAUCUCUAACAACCCACAAGAGGUCGGGAACGCACUUGUAGUUACUCCUUUGGUAUUACAAGUGUCCAUGGGCGGCGCUGAUUGCUUACCAUCAGGUAAUCCGUCUGCUCGUUUGCCGAGAUAUCAGAUCAAAGAACUUUAUUUAUUAAAAUUAAAGAUUUUGAGGUUAUGUUUUUGUUUUGGUUUUAAAAUGGUUGGUAGGAACUACAGUAUAUCCUAUGUAUUGUUCUUUUAAUAAGUCUUAACGAAGUGAUGAUCCAAUUGUUUUGUACACAAGACUCUAUUGUUAUUUUUCGAGUCAAUGAUCAUAGAGAAUGUAUGACCUCAUUUCAGUUUUAUCAGUCAUGCAAGCAUUGGUUCUGUGUGGCUUUACUUCGGUAACUAAGAGGCCCAAUCCUAUUUUCCCUUCCCCAGUCCCUAAAUAUCUGCCACCAAGUUUAGGAGAGCCAAGCUUCGGCACGAAUGGGUCGGCUCGACCGGAGUGAUACCACGGCCUCACAGAAAACCGGCGUGAAACAACCACAGCGUUGUGCUCCGCCGUGUGAGUGAGGUUACCGGAGGCCCAAUCUUUAAAUAUCCGAAACCUUUAUCCCUAAAAGGCCGGCUACCCACUCGUAACUCCUUAUAUGUCCAUUGGCGACGCUGAUUGCUUACCAUCAGGUAAUCCGUAUGCUCGUUUGCCGUCCAUAAAAGAAACCCCUAGUUCCGAAAAGACCGGUCACUGUCUCUUUUCACAUGGAAAAGCAAUGAUCAUUAUCACCGCGCUUGCUCUGAUUGGCUAACUAACUUAUUGGAAAUCCAAUUCCAACCAUAAGAAAGUCCAGGUUUGUUCACGAUGUUUUCCUUCACCGUGUAUCAGUGGUCCCUUAUCCAUUCAAGGAAUGAAAAUCGCCCAGGGUUUUUUUUGUGAGGGGAAAAUCAUCGAAUGACUUCUCCCGCCCAGGGCCGAGCAGGAGGGAGUGUUAGACUCUUACUGACUAAAAACCCCCCUGUUCCUUCUCCUGCUCUGUGCCGAGGUCGCGGUGCCUCAUUGCGCUUACCCCGCAAUCCCGGCUGAACAUCAGCCCUGUGAUGGUCUAAUGGCUCUUUGAGGCGCGCGCGGAACGCUACGCGCCGUACAAAUCGCCCAGGGUGAAAGAGGAACAGUGUACCGCAAACCGGUUCGAAAAAGGAGAAGGAACGGGGGGUUUUUAGUCAGUAAGAGUCUGACACUCUCUCUCA